UUUAAAUAAGUUCAUUUUGUUGCCAGGUUCACUGAAACAUGGCUACCCUAGCAACCACAGGAUGCGCUGAUAAACAUUGCACGAGAAAGAAGGAGAUAUGGCGAACUUUUGGACGACUGACGAGCUAAGUUAGCGGUCAUUAACUAGCUAGUUAGCUAGCGUUAAGCGUCAAGGAGAGGGAGACGGCUUGCUAACUUCAUGGUUUUGUUUUCGAUGUACAUGUUGCUAUUAAGUAGUCAGGCAGAUGGAGACUCCAGCAGUGUCCAGCAGCUCUGCACAUCUCCUCCUGUCAGCAGUGACAGCGUGGGUCAAGGGCUUGACCGUCAGAAAGCCGCUCAGUUUCUCAAGGAAACUGAGAAAAACAGGAGGCAGAUUGAAAAGUUAGAGAAAGAGAAAACACUGAGUGUUCAGUGCAGAAAGAACGGCUGGACAGAUGUACAUGGAGAACUGGAAGAAUACGAGAGAGUGCUGGAGGAAGAAAGAAAUUCUGAGAAGCUGAGUCUUCAAAAGCAGCUGGUGAAAAUUCAUAAUGGGGUGAGGAAAUUUCAGAGACAGCUAAUAGACGUGAAGCCAACUCCUGAGUUGAUUGAAAGACUGAAGGACAUAAUGUCAGAGGUGGAAAUCUCAAUAAAUGCCCUAAAGGAGGAACAGCAGUUAUGCUUUGAGGAACUUUUGAAGGAAGACAGGACAUGCAGACAGGAGAUCACAGCUUAUGAGAAGAAGAUUGAAAACUGGAGCCUCGCUGUCAAACCAGACCCGAAACUGCACACGGUGCCCACUGUUAAGGCCAAACACCCGGACAGAAACCUCCCUGCAGAGGUCAGAGCACUGGAGGCUUUUCUGCUGAAGACAGGAGGCCCCUGUGGUGGCUGGGACCAAUAUGACCACCAAGCUUUCCUUAAAGUCUGGAUAAAGCACAAUGGGAGGUCAGCCUACAGGAAAGAGGCCAAACUGUACCUGCCUGGUAAAACAUUGGAGGAGAUAGAGCAACAUGAGGACUGGCAUCAGGAGCUGAUCUACCUACAGGACAGAAAGAGAGAGGCUAUUCAGCGGUGGAAAGCCAGCAAGCAUCAGGAACGCCAGACCAGAAUACGGAGUCAGGAGGAAGCGGAGGAGGCAGGAAGGAGGGAGGCUAAGAACCAGGCCAACCAACACAGGACUGAGGAGGAGAAGAGGGAAAUGGCACGGCGAAUGGAGGAGUGGAGGGAGGAGAAGAGAAGGAAGGAGGAACAGGAGGAGGAGCAGAGGCUGGCAGAGGAGAUACAAAAGAGAAAACGGACAAAGGAAGAGCGUCGCCGGCAGCUGGAGGUCAAACUGACCAUUGAGGAGCAGCUACGACUGAGGAGAGAGGAGGAGGCGGAACAGGAGAGGAGGAGGAGAGAAGAGGAGCAGAAGGAGCUGGAGGAGAGGAGAAGGGAGGCGGCAAAGGGCAUCAAACGCUUUAAUGAAAGGGAUCUUCACAAGGUGGAAACAAAGGUUCAGGAGAAACACCAGAGGGAAAAAGAGGAAGAGGAACGACAGAGAAGAAUCACUGCAAAGUUGAAGGAGAAGGUGGAUUGCCACGUCAGCAGAGACCCCUCCAGACUUACCCGCCCCACAAAGGGAUGGGAGGAGCGAAUGAAACACAUUGGACCUUCAGGAGGAGGACCUGUGCUACAGAUGUUUCACAGAGCUGUUCCCUCUUGGAGACAAGGCCUGUGAUGAACAACAAUGGAAGUCAACUGAACAAUCCUGAACAAUGCACUGGGAAUGUUUUCUGUUUUUACAGAAAUAAAAUAAAGGGGCCUUUCACCCGAAAAUCAACAAUA